CAAUCGCGCGCACCGUCCCUGGACAUGAAGAAGGGAGACCGUCGGGCCUCCCGGAGGACCCAGCAAACGACGGAAGAAGAGGACACGUCCGGCGAAGAAGGAACGGUCCCGAUGGAUGCCUGAAGAUGUUCCUCGUUGCGAGCAAAACACGAGGAUGUUCCUCGACCCGUCUCCUUUCCCUCUUCUCUCUCCGCUUCUUCUUCUACUCAUCGCGCUUCCUCGUCUCCUACCUGGCGACGGACGAGUCCGUCCAGGCGGAGGAGGAUCUCCAAGGGACGAGUCCUCGGUGAAGUCGUCGCGUUAACGGCAACCGGGGUGUCCGAUGACGGUGUGUCGCACGACAAAGAGGAGGGUGCGUACGACAGAACGCGAGAGAGAGACCGCGCGAAGAUAAGACAAAUGGCCAACCGGAGAGAGGCAGCAACGUUCAACCAAAGUUCCUAUUUUUCAUGUGUUUUACGCGAUACUCGCUUAACAAAGUAGGACGUAAGAAGAGAAAAAGGGGAGAUAAAGAGGAAUUCCCGGCCACCGAGGGGUGUUCGGUAUAGGUGUUGUUUCCCGAGGAGCGUGUGUCGCACGCCGGAAACCUCGUGUACGCGGCACCCGGGACACCCUCCCGCGCUGAUUAGCCAGCCAAUUAGAAAGACCGCGGCCAUGCGUAAUGAGCUGCGCGCGCAAAAGUUCCUAAAACGCCACGAUGCAAUGUUUUUUCAUGCGGAUGCCUCGUCACGCCGGCCUGCUCGCCACGAGCGACCACUGAUAAUAUUGAUAAGACGUAAACGCUAAGGUAGAAGUAAAAACGAAGUUAGCCAAAGAGUGUAGAGCCGCCUGGGAUCGAGCUUCUUCCUCCCGCGACGUUAAGAGACCUCGAUGAUCGUCAGGAUAAUUAACGCACACUGUGUCUCCCAGCGUCCAGUUCCUUCGCCAGGCAAUAAAACACGCGUAUAUUCGAAUUUAAGAGGACAUCUGGGUGGCUGUGCUGCGACGGACAGAGUGCUCAUCCUUGGUGAGGUUGCUUCCUCCCUGUCCACGAUCGGAUCUCGAUCAGCAACGCGCGGCUCUCGUUUCUAACUCGUCUGAGAACGUCCAGGACGUUCCGAGUCGCCACGUGGCCACUCUCCUUCGAAGCAAUCCUUGAAACCGUAACGCGGCAGUGUGUCGACGGUAUUUUCAAGACCUCGAAACGACUUCUCACGCGUAAACGACUUCUUGACUAAAGUACAUAGAUAGUAGCCCUAAGCGAAGAAGAGCAAAUCUAUAUAUAUAUAUAUAUAUACAUCUAUAUUAUAUAUACACACUUGGAAAGCGUAUUUAAUUAUAUAUUCCUAUACACGCAAGGAGCACAUGUACAGGUAUUUUAAUAAGCCCGCGUAUAACUAGUCUCUCUCUAUAUAAACGUGUACAUACGUGUUCUGAACGAAAAGUCCAAGCACGAUUUUCGAACGCAAAGAUCCGUAUUUUUUAUGAACUCGACGAACGAGGGGACAAUAGGAGAGUGAGAGAAAGAGGAAAUAAUAAAAUGUCCACGAUGAGUGUCGUGUCGAAUUCGUCGGUCGAGGUCGACUCGGACUCCUCGAACGAUAUUUCCGCAAAGAGCGAAGGACUCGCCGAACAGAAGUUCAUUCUGCGAAACGAACUGUACAACAGCCUGCUGGCAAGCGCACUCGGCAAGACAGUGCUCAACAGGCAUCUGAACUUCAAGGAGCAGGGGAUUAAUUUUAAUCUGGCCAAUCUAAAGGAUAACCUGAACGCGCUCGGCGCCCUUAAGGAGCUGAAAGAUCUCAAGGGAUUGACCGUCAGCAGCGUGCCUGCUUUCCCGAGGAACCUCGCUCUGCACAGGGAGGACCACGACGAGAAAGCCUCGUUCGCGUGGUCCGAGGCCGGCGACGAUGGCGGCGGAGGCGGUGGUGGCGGCGGGGCAGGCGGCGGUGGCGGGGGCGGAGGUACGGCAGGCACCGGAACCGGAAGCACGGGCCCGACCGCUGCCGGUGGCGGCGGUCUGGCCCAUUGGGUCAGCGUGAUGGCGGAACACAUACACAACCCGCACUCGGCCACCGGAGUCGGUGGUGUCCACCAUCAGCAGCAGUCACCCCCUCAGCCACCCUACCCGUGGAACAACGGCCUCUCCAGUGACCAAUGCAACCCCCACGACAAGGAGAGCGACUACUGGGGCGGAGGACGGGGCGCGAAACAAGGUUACGAGCACUUUCUGUUGCAGGCGAAAAUGAACGCGGACCACGGCCAGUUGCAGAAAGGCGAGGAUCAAUAUCGAGGAGCCGGGGGAUCCAGCAGUGGGAGUCCGCCGGCGAGUCUGUUGGUGGUUCCUCAACCUUUGACCGUGAAGCCCUCUCAUCCGUCGCAUUUGAAUCCUCACCUGGGUGGACCGCACUCUCAUCCACCGAGGAAGUACCAGUGCAAGAUGUGUCCGCAGAUAUUCGGUAGCAAGGCGGACCUCCAGCUCCACACGCAGAUUCACAUGCGCGAGGCGAAGCCGUACAAGUGCACCCAGUGCUCGAAGGCGUUCGCGAACUCCUCGUACCUGUCGCAGCACACAAGGAUCCACCUGGGCAUCAAGCCGUACCGCUGCGAGAUUUGCCAGCGGAAGUUCACCCAACUGAGCCACCUACAGCAGCACAUCCGCACGCACACCGGUGACAAACCGUACAAGUGCCGGCAUCCAGGCUGCACGAAGGCGUUCAGCCAGCUGAGCAACCUACAGAGCCACUCCCGCUGCCAUCAGACCGACAAGCCGUACAAGUGUAACUCCUGCUACAAGUGCUUCUCCGACGAGCCCAGUCUGCUCGAGCACAUACCGAAGCACAAAGAGUCGAAGCACCUUAAGACGCACAUCUGCCAGUACUGCGGCAAGAGUUACACCCAGGAGACCUACCUGGCGAAGCACAUGCAGAAACACGCGGAGAGGACGGACAAGAGACCGCCGAUAAUCGGCACCGGUCUCAGGCCGUCGAUCCACGCGAUGGCCACCCACCACCAGGACCACUACUGGCCGAAGGUCAGCCCCGACUCGGUGAUCAGCGAUCUUCACGACCGACUGCCCCAUCACCACACCGACUACCAUCAGAACCAGAACCCGGAGAUGCUGCUGCCAGGCCACGGGCACCGGACUGAGUCCAUAGAGAACGACUCCAGGCAGCAGACACCCCAACCGACCGCCAACCACCACCCGAACAGUAGCUCUGCGUUCACGCCGAUCUCCUCGAUCUCGAUAAACUCGAUCUCAUCGAUGCAGCACCCGCUGAACCCAUUGAAUCACCUCCACUACCCGGCCAGCCAUCACCCGGCGUCCAGGCCGUACCUCUACGAGGCGUUCAACUCGACGCAGAAGUCGUCGCCGGCGUCCUCGUCCUCCGGUGUCACAUCCGGCACCACCACCAACCAGAACGCGACGUCGUUCCCGAACCAACUCAUCAGCCUCCACCAGAUCAGGAACUACGCGCAUCAACCGAAUCUAGGGAAUCUGGGCAACCUCGGGAAUCUGGGGAACCUGAGCAACCUGAGCAAUCUGAGCGCGACGAUGGAGAGUCACGCUCUCCUCGGCGGGCUCAAGGAUAAACAGUAACUCCGGCCGGUCUUGGAGAUUAGGGGCAAAAUAAUUAUUCUAUUCGCUAGUUUUCUCCUCCUCGUUUUUUUCUUCUUUUCUUGUUUUUCGUCGUGUACAUUUGUUCCUCGCCCACCCGUGUCCCGUUGUUUCUCCAUGCUCGAACUUCCGAUGACCGACGUUCGAACGACGUCCCACCCGUCACUUUUCUUGUUUCCUCCGCAAGGGUGGCACGUCGAGCGAACCGGUCUUUCUCAGCUUCUCUUCGCAUCUCGAAGACCGAGUCGCGCUUGGCGAACGCACGGCUCGUUGGCUGACUCGCGUGCACACAGAACAAUGAAGUAGAACAUUUUUUUCGAAAAUCAUCGGCCGACAAGCGAGGCGUUCGUUCGGUCGGACUUGAUUAUAGUUUUGCGGUGUGUGCGUGUACGUGUGCAAGCAUCUUGUUAUGGUAAGUACGGUCUUGUCUGGCUCGGCGCUGCGGAUGACUACUCGCUCUGGGUUCUCCAGAAACACCAAAAUCAUUUCUCACUUCAUGUGUAUUUCAUAUCUUUAUGAGAGUCAAAGAAAUUGAAUUUUUCUUUAUAUACGCCUGCAUAUAUUUCCGAAAGAAAGUGCCUUUUAUUUAUAGUUUUUAGCGUCAAAACAAAAACGUUUCCUAACGUUUGUAAUUUUGUGUUGAAUCGAAGAUGGAAAGAGACGACCGAUCGUUUCUUUACGAAAACUGUUCGCGAGUCGAAUACAGUUCUUAAUCAUUUUAACGAUCUUCAUAUUCGACCAUCGUAAAACUGCGUGAAACACAAAAGUCUGCUUGUUUCACGUUACGAAUAGAGAAAGAUUAGAAAGUCCCUGUUCGAUAUCGCAUCGAUUGGUUUUACCUCGACCGGCGUGAAUUGGCAAAAUUGUUCGCGAUUGAGCCUUCCGAUGCGACUGAUCGCUGAUUAACUUUCACAUUUAGCGUUUAAGUAGAAAGUAGCCCGAAACGAAAUAAUCGGGCAACGCGUUGUUCCUUGAGCUCGAGUUCCCGUAGCGAAUGGUCAGCCAAUGAAGAGGACGAUCCUGAAGCACUCGACUCUCUUCCCGCACGUUUCCAGCCAAAUCUUGAGCUCUCUUUCUCUCUCUCUCUCUCUCUCUCUCUCUCUCUCUCUCUCUCUCUCUCUCUUUUCUUGAGAUUCCAAGCGAACGACUCCUCCGGGAAUAUUCCCCUUCAUUUACUGUUAUCCUUGUUUAAUCCCUGACAGCCUGGUGAUCCCAUCGCAGCUCCAGUUCAUGAUUGAUCUUGUAGAUGUUACAAGUGUUGAGUAGAACGGGGUAGUCUUAGGAUGGAUCUCAGGAGUUGUCGGUUUAUCUGCUUUCUACUUUGCUCGAUUACAAAAUAUCUUUCUACUUAAUUCUUUUUCCUAUACAUUUACCUAGCACGUGAAUGUAAACGGAAUGCCCUUAAUUGAUGGCAGAGGGCACGAAGCACUUAUCAACAAUUAAUAAGAUUUCUUAAAACAACAACGAAAUUUUGUCAAUUUUUAAGAAAUUCUUCUUGCUCCAGGUAUUUUGUAAACCAAUUAGAAUCAAUAAACGAUACCGUUUCCAGGACUCCAGAGUCCCAACGAGAACCAGACAAAGCUUCAACGUACACACAUUUUCACUAAUACCUGAAACACACACAGAAUCAGGAACAUCUUAUUUAAAAGGAAUUUGAAUCGCAAUUUAGGAUCGUUUUACACGGUUAUGGGAAGGAGUAACGAUAAAAAUAUGUAGAGCACAAUACAGGCAGAGAAUCGAUGGGACCGCCGGCUAUUUCGUUGUUUCCACCGUUCGUGCCACUCGGCAGGACUUCGUAAGUGGGAACAGCGAAACAGGAGAAAUCGUGUCGUGAAGUAGAGCUAUUUUCCAAAGGGGGUGGCUCUCCCCCUCGAACCAGCCCGGGUGCCGGGUGGUGGAAGGGUGGUGGGCGCAUCUUUCUGGGUCGAGUGGAUGUUUCGCUCGCAACGGGAUAAUUAACGAAGCGAGCUUGUAUGCGUGCGUGUCUGAAUGAGCCGGAAACCCGUACAUGGUCUCGGGUCUUCUUGCCCGUGUACGCGUUCUCCGUGUCGCGUUCAUGCGUGUGUGCACGGGAGUCAGAGAAAAAGAGUGGGAGUCUAAGCAUCGCACGCACUUUUCUAAAUACUAGUUACACGCGUACUUACUUACACGUUUACGCGAGGGCACAAAUCGUGUGAAUACCUUGGAGGACGGUGCGAGAUGGACAAAGGGAGAGGAGAACGAGCGAGGGAAAAAGGGUUGACGGAGAAUUUAGAGUAGUGCCGCGAGACGAUGAAUGCGAAAGUAGUGGAGAUAAUAGUGAAUUACAGGGGGAAUAGAAAAAUGGAGAGAGGAAGAGAGGACGGAGUAGAGAGAGAGAGAGAGAGAGAGAGAGAGAGAGAGUGAGAUCGGCCCGAGGAAAUGGCUUCAGCCGAGCCUCGUGGCUGGUACCGGGCCAGUAUUGAGAGAAUGGUAGAGGGUGCUAUAAAAAUGGAAAAGAAAAAAGAUAACGAGAGUUGAAACGCGAGGAAUCACCGCACACUGGCGCACAGAAAAAGAGAGGAAGAACGAGAUAUGGAGAGAGGGAGAGAACGGUACGGAGGACCUCCUUUGUACAUAGUUAUUAUAUAAAUAUAUAAAUAUAUAUAUAUAAAUAAAUGAAUAAAUAUUAUAUAUUAUUAUUAUUAUUAUUAAUUGAUUAAUUAAUUGAUUGAUCAAUAUUCGGUAGUUGCGUAAGGGAGAGAAAAGAGAGAAAGAGGAUAUAGACUCUACUGAAGAUAUUCUAAGUACCUUGUCUAACGAGAAAACAGCGAAAGAGAAUACGUGUGAGUGUGUUCAAUGCGAAUGAAUGAAUGAACGUGGGAGAGAGGGGAAAGAAGCAAGCAAUCGUUGCCCAAAGUUACUUACAAUAAUGUUCUUUUUUUUUCUUAAGAGGCGCGUUUCCGUGUCUCCGAACGAUCCCGACGAUCUACCGUUUCCUUCUGCACGUUGAAUUUCGCCUUAUUUUUCGCUGGUUCUGAACAAGAAAUAAAAUCGUCUGGAUCGAUCGGAACCGUUUAGAAAAAUUUCAGGCGUGCCGACGUCGAAUUGCGAGGAAAGGAAGAAAAAAAGGGGAAGAACAUGUGUACUGCGUAUAGAUAAUUUCUUGUUACGGCGUCGCGCGUGUGUCUCGUCCCGUGGAUCCUCUCGCGAGCCGAUCUGCCCAAGAAUUUUUAUUUCGACGUUCUCAACCCGCAAUAAAAUGAGUUCACCAUUUUUCGUUUUAAGUUUUAUUUCGUUUUGAUAGCGUCCAGUCGCUCUUCGGACAGAGUCUGAACGUUCUACCGAAUAUCUGUUCUGGAUACAGAGACGAGAAUCCAUGAGACAAGACACGUCGACGUCCCACCUGUGCUCAAGUUGUUUAAAAAAAAAUACUAUUAGUUUGUUACUAAGACGAUGAAACGAGCGAAUGGACGAGUGACAGGCGACGAGCGAGAGACGUUUUAGGUAUGAACGACGACGAAAACGAGAGCGACGGGGGUCAGUUAAGAAGAGCACCGUUCAGGCUUCCGUUUCCUUCGACGUAUGUUUUCCUCAUUGCGGUAUUGUUAUGAGAAAUAGGAGCGAGACGCGCGAACAACCGAGGGAUAGUUCGUUGAUUAAAACGCACUAGAAGGGAUAUGCAAAGUGUUUUUUUCGUUGAAACUGAGAAUCGCGAGGGGUAGGGACAGGUCGAAAGUGAAGAAUUUUAGUUUUUUCGGGGGUGGUUUAAAAUAAAAUAGAGCGUCGUCGUGCCCCCGCGCUUUAAUUGUGAUCUUACUUUCUGUCUAUCAUUUAGUUUCCAUUUGAUGAUUAUUUUAUUAUUAUUUUAUUAUUAUUAUUAUUAAUAAUAUUAUUAUUAUUAUAAUUAUAAUUUCGUUUAAUAAACUAUCACGUUAAAAGAAGAAACGUUGGUUUAUGAAGAAGAGACAUGCUGACGAUUUUCCUCUGUCACGCCGUCAUCUCCGAUCUGCAUCGGGACACCUCCUCUCUCAUCUGCUCUUCACGUGGACGAAGAAGAAUCGUGAAGGAAUUCCUGUUCCUUUUUUUUUUUCAUGUACUGCUUAGUUUUCUUUUCACCGCUGAAAUUCGCAGAAAGAUGCCGUCCAUUAUAGUUUCCAAAAGGGGUGCGAUGGAUCCGACGCUAGUUUCUCAAGCUCGUCGACAUUCGACACAAGGAAAGCAAAAACAACGAUCCUUCCGUUCCGUGCGCGUAAUCGAUUCGUUCAAGAAAGUUAAUUCAUUUUCUAGCAACGAAUAUUAGAAGCCUGACACGUCAGCUUGUCGAAGAGUUGCAAAGCGGCGCUUGUGAAAAAUAAAUUAUCAUUCGCUGACCAGUAAUGAAUAAUUCUCUGAUUCGAAGUGAGGAGAGUCAUAGAAAUCAUCACUGCUAUGAUUCUGUACUCGCUAAAUACAUGUAACUUCGACAAUCUUCUUUCUAUCGUAUUAUUUUUUUUACUUUCGCCGUAUACUUUUAGUCGAAACGAGUAGGAAACAUCCCUCGAGUCCCUUUAACCCUGAAAGAUCGAUUCGUUCGUCCCUUCGACGAUUCAUAAACGUGGUAGUUUCGCUGAUACUUAAACAUUUCUUAUGUUAAAACUAUAUUGUUAACCGCGAGAACGCGUACGAGAAGAUUACUUAUUCCCACUAUUGAUUAAUCUUCUCGAUUGUGAUAGCAAUUCGUUGACUGAAGAGUGGAAAUUGAAAAGACUGUCUACAUUUUGCUUUACCUGUAUUACAUUGUUAGCGAGGUUCGUGGAACGUUUCUUAAUCCUUGAUAGGGGUGUGAAAUCCGAAUGGUUUCAACAACAUCCUCCCCGUUCCUCGAGUGCUUCAGGGUUAAAGCGGGCCGUACUUGAAAUAUUUUUACACUUCACGCUCGUUACGCAACCAUUAAUUUAAAGCGAGGAGAGAGAGUAUGAAUGGAACUACACGUGUAUCUGUGCGUAUGAGCAAUAAAAUAAAGGAAUGAGAGGGAAAGAGCGAAUUAAAAAAAAAAGAUCGAGAGACUCUCACAUAGGCAACGUAAGGAGAACAAUAUAUUGAUUAUGUAUAUUGCGUGGUACGAACAGAACUGUGAUAUUUUAUUGUAUAAAUUUACGGAGAACAAAGAGAAGAGAAAAAAAAAGAAGAUGAAGAAAAUAUGAAGAACAAAUGGAUAUUAAUUACGGUAGUAGAAACACACGCGCGGGAUAUUACUGUAUUUUACAAAGAAGUGCAUCCUUAAGCCAUUUAAAUGAAAGGAAAGAAAGAAGGAAGGACGAAGAGAGAAACGCUGUCGUAUAUAAAUAGGUAUACGAAGUGCGUGCGCGCGUGACCGGGUAUCCCUUUUCGAAGAUUGAGUCGCCUCCGAUCCCGUGCGAAUCGUCGAAGCAGCUUUCGAGCGAGAGAGAAGCUUUUUAAUAAUCGAUAAUAACGAAUAAUCUUCGAAAAUGAAUAAUUAAGAGAUAAGUAAGUGUCCUCUGUCCGGUCCAUUCUCAACUUCGAAAGGAAUACCGGGGCCAGUUCAUUUUUUUCUUUUCGGGCCGAUCGCGAGGCCCGAGCGUCUAAUCGUUUCCUGUUUGUAAAGUAUAUAUAUAGAUAUAUAUUAUAGAUAUAUUAUAUAUGAAUUAAAUGUUUGAUAAGAGAAAGCGUAAAAGAAGAGCGAUAUGAUUAACUGAUCCGAUUGCGACGUAUUCACAGGAUGGAUUUUAAAGAGAAACACGUACCCAGAUACACGCAGAGACAAGGACACGUAUACGCGCACACACGGACACUCUGUUUAAUAGUUUAUAUAGGGAGUAAGGAAAAAAAAAUGCAUACAUUGAUGAAUUACGUCUUGUAAAAUGUCGAUCACGUUUUUUCGUGCUGCAUACACCGAAUCAUCCCGUGCUCCGAGAACGAAAUCGUGAACGAAUAUCGAAGAACACACACGUUGUGUGUUUCCUAAUCCCCCCCGCUAAUCGAGCAAGCCCGAGACGUGGAAACGGUCGAGCAAGAGAUUGGAAGAAUGAUUACUGAUACAGUUAGGUGAUAUUGUAAUUGUAUAGGGAAAGAAUGGAAGUAAUAGCGUAAACUGCGAACACACCGGUGAAUUUUUAUUCGUUUGGAGAAAUUUUGUCGAACAACGAGGAAUAUUCCGGCGGCGAUUUUACGCGACGACAAAUUUGUGUCCCCGUGUUUUCUUUUCCCUUCCCGCGCGACAUCGAUAGACGUCCGCCGACGAACAAGAAAGAAUUUUGGUCCCAUCCGUCUGAAGCGACUCUUUCAAAUUUACCACGACACAUGUAGAUAACAAUUUUUCCUUAAUAAAAUACAUUGGUUAAAAAAAAAGAAGAAGCAACGGUACAGUAUGAUUGCAAGAGGAAAAGACCCCUGUCAUAGUGGUAAAACGGCGUGAUGGAAAGGAGGAGCCGUUUCGUUUAAUGAAUCGUCACUUUAACGAACAACGAAAUAUUCCACGUAUGUUUUAAGUGUUAUGGCUGUUUGAUAAAGUAAUAUUCCCAAUGUGGUGUACUUAUAAGUCGACUUUCAAAGUUUUUCGCGACCAUUUCUUCUUGAUCCAUUGCGUUCCGAGCAGACAGAUCUUGUAAAGCAAAUCCCGACCCGUCAUGGACAUUAGCUGUUCGUCCUUUUUAAUAAAUAUACCAGAACUUACGUCUCCG